AUGGCGCUGAGCUUUUCGCUAGAUAAGAAGAGAGGGAAGAAAUGUUUUAUGGUAGCAGCACGGGAACUCGGUAUUGCUUGGGAUAACACACCACAGUAUUGGGAAUGGUUAUCUCGCCCGGACUCCAGAUUCUCAGAAGUGGCUACACUUAAGUGGGUCUGUUGGCUUGAUAUCCGAGGCAAAAUUGAAACUCAAAUACUAUCGAAAAGAACCAAAUAUGUUCCUUAUCUAGUCUUCAAAUUGGAAGAUAGAUCCCAUGGUCUUGGAAAUGCUAAUGCAGUUGUUAGAUUUGUUGAUUCUGAGAGUGACAAUGAAGCGGAGCAACGAGCUAUUGUUGUGCGUGUAUCAGGACGAGGACUUAGAGCGACGCUGCCCUUGAGAAGAGAUGAUGGAUGGAUGGAAAUAAAACUGGGAAACUUUUUCAACGAUACAGCAGAAGACGGAGUUGUUGAUGCACGAUUAAUGGAGAUUAGGUGUCUUGGUGGAAAAAGUGGCCUUAUUGUUCAAAGGAUGGAGUUUCGUCCAGAAUGA